AUGAGCCAACUUCCAGUGUCUGGGCCCGAUUCGGUACGAGUCACGGUCAAAGCCAACGGCAUCACCAUCAUCACCAUCAAUCGGCCGCACCGCAGAAAUGCCGUUGAUCACCUUACGGGCAAGAGACUCGCCGAGGCCUUCCUUUCCUUUGAGAACGAUCCCGCACAGAAAGUCGCCGUCUUCCAUGGCGACCAUGGCGUCUUCUGCGCCGGGUCAGACCUUCACGAGAUGGCCAAACGACACAAAGACGGGGCGCACUUCGACGGUCCGUACUUCCUGGCCGAUCCCGUAAAGGGACGCAACUUGGGACCAAUGGGGCCGUCACGGAUGCAGAUCAGGAAACCCGUCAUCAGCGCUGUGGCCGGCUGGGCCGUGGCGGGCGGCCUGGAGCUCAGUCUGCUCGGCGACAUGCGCGUGGUCGAGGAGGACGCAAUCAUGGGCGUCUAUUGUCGCCGAUGGGGCAUACCGCUGCUCGAUGGCGGUACGGUUCGUCUCCAGGCCGUGGUCGGGCUCGGUCGCGCACUCGACAUGAUCCUGACCGGCCGAGGCGUUGGUGCCAAAGAGGCCUAUCAGAUGGGCCUGGCGAACCGCGUCGUCCCCAAGGGCAGGUCCCUCGACGAGGCUGUGAAGAUCGCCGAGGAGCUCAUCCGGUUCCCGCAGCUGUGUGUAAACGUCGACCGGGACAACUGCUACUACUCGGUGUACAAUGCUCGCUCGUUCGAAGAUGCCCUCGCGCAUGAAUUCGAAAACGGCAUCAAGGUCUUCGACGCCGAGUCCGUCACGGGCGCCGGCAGGUUCAGCAGUGGGAUCGGCCGUCACGGGAGCUUUGCAAAGCUGUGA